AUGAAAAAAGACAAAAGGAGUGACAAAAGAAAAUCUUCUUAAGCUUCUCUUUAUCGCUCUUCCAUUACAAUUACUGAUAUUCCAGAUACUCUAAUUGAAAAAAAUGAUAUUUUAGCAGAAGAAAUAUAGAAAACUGUAAAAACUCUUACAUUCUAAUAAAGAAUUGCAAAAGCUGAAAGACAUAUCUAUGAUGCUUAUUUUUUAAGAACCAUACGCAAUGAUAUAGAUGAAACUAAUAAGAAAUUUCUAAAAAUAUUAUGGAUAAUUGAAAAUCAGCAAUUUUGGAUUUAAUUCCAAUUCCUAUUAACCUUAAUCUAUUAAUUGAUGACUUUCUUUGAAUCAUCAGCAACAGAUGGAUUAGAAGGAUUCCUAUUGGCAUUUUUUGGAUUAGACACUAUAAUUACUAUAAUAUUAUUGAAAAGUAAAAAGAAAGGAGGAUUGGGAUUUAAGUUUAAUUUGAAGAGACAACUUAAAAUUUUCUUUUACUGCAUGUGUUUACUUGAUUUUUUUAUACAUCUUGGUGACCCUAGUAUUGUUAGAUUUAGUAGGAUCUUGAGAGCUUUUUUAAUGCCUCUAUACUCGAAAGAUUUAAGAAGAACUUUAAAAGGAAUAUUGAAAGCAAGUCGAGAUUUAUUUUUAUUGAUUGUGUUGUACUUAUUCAUAAUUUCAAUAUUUUCAUUUGUGGGUAUAAAUUUGAUAGGAGAAUUGGAUAAUGUUGAUAAGACAACACAAGAUUAUGGAAAUUUUUUAAAGCUUUUCUCUAUGUUAUUAAUGACAGCUACUCUUGAUUUUUAUCCUGAUAUUUUAAUACCUCCAAUGAUGGAAGGAACAUAUUAUGCAUUAUUUUUUAUCGUUUACUUAUUAUUAUUUAUAUUUCUAUUUGCUCCCAUACCAUUAGCAGUUGUUUAUGAGGGAUUUAGAAAUCACAGAAUGGAAAUUGCAAUUAGUGAUAUAAUAAAAUAGAAGUCUGCUAUGAUGGCUAGUUUUAUCUCAUUAGAUUUUGAAGAUUAAGGAUAUAUAUCUGAAACUUAAUUUAAAGAUUUUAUUAGAGGUUUUUAUAGAAAUCAAUUGUCAGAACAUAAAUUAUUGCAAUUAUUUGGAGAAAUUGACAAAGAUUUCAAGUAAAAAAACAAUAAUAAUUAGUGAUAAAGUGUAAUUCGAUGAAUUCUAUUAAUUAUUAAAAGUGUUACAAGAUGGAACUAGGUUUAAUCUACCUUAAGCCAAACCUUUAGAGUGUUGGGAAAGAUUAAGGGCAUUUGUUAAUCAAAGAGGAUUGUAGAGAUUUAUUGAAGGUAGUCUUUUUGGAACAAUAAUGUUGGUAGUAACAAUAACAAAUUGUAUAUUAAUUAUUGCAGCUUUUUUUAUUGAAGAUCUUAGUGUGUUAGAUAUAUUCAAUUAAUUAGAUACAAUAUUUUUGGUACUUUAUUCAAUGGAAUGUCUAGUUAAAAUUGUUGCCAUAGGUAUUAGAGAAUAUUUUAAUGAGGGAUGGAAUGUCUUUGAUAUCUCUUUGGUAAUUCUUUAAAUUAUUUUUGAUUAUGUUUUAUUUAAUGUUGUAUCUGGGAAUAUAGUACAAUCAAUAAAAGCUAAUAGAAUAUUGAGAUUAGCUAAAAUAUAGAAAGUGUUUAGAUUAUUUAGAGCAUUUAGAUCAGUUAAGAUUAUAAGUUUUUUAUUAAAAGGUGUAGAAUUUUUAGAUGUUGUAAGAAGAUUAUUAUAUAAAAUCUUAUUUUGCAUUCCCAUUAUAUUUAGAUUGAUGAUGCCAGUAUAAAUGGUAUUUUUCAUAUAUGCUACUAUUGGAAUAUAUGUAUAUGGUAAUGUAGAAACAGUACCUGAUAAUCCCUAUGCCAAUUCUAAAUGUGAUCCAAGCUAAUUCUAAUAUUCAUGGGGAGAUUGCAAAUAUGCUGAUUUUAAAUCAUUUGCAGGUGCAUAUCUAAUGAUGCUACAAUUUUUCAUUGCUGCUGAAUGGAAUUAAGUUGUUUUUGAAUUAACUUAUGAUACUGGAGAUAUGUUUUCAGCAAUGAUUUUUAUUGGAUCUUUUGAAUUCUUAUCUAUAUUUUUAUUAGCUUUAAUUAGUGGACUUGUUUGGGAAGUAUUUACUAUUGUAUCUUUAUCAAUUAAAUAAGAAGAUGAAUAAAUAGGAGAUGAAAUUGAUAUUUCAAAUGAAGCUUAAUUAGAUACAAAAAUUAAUGGGAUUUCUGGUGUUACUUAAUUAAAAAAGAAAACUAGAAUUUUAAAUGAUGAUAAUCCAGAUGUAAUUUAAUUUUAAUCAAAUGAUAAUCGAGAUUAAAAAGAAGGCAAUCCAGCUUUCAGAACUAUUUCAGAAUAAUUUUAAUAGGAUACUUUUAAUGAAAACAAUUUAUAAACAAGAGAAGAUUCUUAAGUUAGAAUUGUGUAAAUUGCACAUUCAAAAACUAUUAUUAGAAUUAAAACACCUGAAUAUAAACCCUAUGAUGUUGGUGCUCUAUAUAAAUAACAUUUCAAAGAUUACUAAAUUUUCUUAGAAUUAAAGUAAAGUAAUGAUGGUUUUGAUGUAUAACAUGUCACUACAGAAUAUAUGAAUCAUUUAAGGAAUGAAAUUAAGAAGGAUGAAAUAUUUCAUAAAAAAUAUAUAAAUAUUUCAAAUCAUCAUUUACUUAUUUAAAAUGCAGUACUUAGAGAUGCUUCUGAAGUAUAUAUAAAAAAAUAAGAAGAUGAAUUUUUUAAAACUUCAUAUAGAGAAAAAUUUGAAAGGAUCUAAGAAUUAAAAUUUUAAAGUAAAUUUAAGAUUGAAAGCAAAAUAUUAUUUUCUUUAAUGGGAAUUCUUAAAUUUCCAAAACCAAAUAUCAAAUAUUAUUUUUAAAUACUUUACCUUAUUGAAAACUAUUUCACAUAUUAAUUAUUACCUGAAAGCUCUUUCUUCAAAUUAUUACAUUAAAUUAAUAAUAAAUGGUAUUUAAUUAGUAUUGAAGACAUGCAAAUAUGUUUUAACAGAUUGCAUUCAGGUCCUUGGGAUCAUUCUGAUACCUUAUUUACUACAAGCAAUUUAUAAAUUUGUGAAAAUCUAAGAAGUUUUAUAGAUUAAGACACUUAUGAAAGUAGAACUACAGUUGAAGACUUUAAAUUAAGUUUAAGUAAGUUAGCCAAAAACUUUGAGAUGGAUAUCUCUUCAGUAGAUGUUAAUAGUAGUUGUAUUCUCUAUCAAAUUACAAAUGACUAAUAUGCAUAUGAUACUAAUUCAAUAAAAUUAAGAAGAAGUAAAUAUUUCUAUAUAUAUAUUUAAUUUAGAUUAAGAUGAGAUAUCUCCAGAUUAAAAAUUUGUAGUCUUAGAAUCAUAAAGAAAUAUUGGUACCAAAACAUGUUUCACACAUCGGUAAGAUUCUUAAAGUCCAGAUGAACAUAAACACAUUAAUAAAACUAUUAUGUUUGUUUUAUCUAAAACUUAAGCUCAAGAACAAAGAAUCAUUUAUUAAAACUAAGUUAUGUUGGCUUAAUUUAUUUUAGAUCUAGCUGGAGUAAUUCAUAAUUAUUCCCAUAACUUCUUUUAAUAAAUUGAGGAUUUGUAUACUUUAAGAUUAAAAUAGAAAGGUAAAGGUAUUAAAAGAAUGUGA